GAAAGGAUUUUUGUUAAUCCAAGGGCAAGACUCAUACCAGCCCACACCAUUCACACAGAGCCGGAUUAUACAAUACACGGCUGCUCCAGCUCCCUACACUGUCAAGGCGGCUGGCUGCCUGUAGGGGGAGCUGCAGCGAUAACGAGCAGCUCCUCACAGGCAGUACACGAACGGCACGUUCUCCUGAGUCUUCUUUGAAACAGAGCCGUCCGGGUGAGAGCAGGCAGCGGCUGCUGCUGUCUCUCAGUCUCCACUGACUCUGCAAGCAGCCAGGUGAAGAAAGGGCCAGUAGGCCAUGUUGUCCCAUAUACUGCAACAGUUUGUGUGGUAUUUUAAAUACAGAUGGAGCCUCGCUCAUCUGUUCCGUCUAUGGCAUUUGUCCCGAUCCUGGAGCCUCAGCGUGCCUGGUUGCAGGGCGGCGUGAUUUGUCGCAGGGUGGGCAAAGAGCUUAGCGUUGUGUAUGGUGUUACCGGUCCAUAAAAUGAUUGAUCCACAACUUAUUGUUAUACUUCAUAUUUUAUCUCUGAUAUAUUUGCCAUCACUCAAAGCAGAACUGUGUAAAGAUGAUGGAGUGGAGUUUGAGGUAGAGUAUGUUGCGGAGGGCCAAGCUGUUUAUGUCACCUGCCCACUAAAUUACUUUUACAAUUUCAAUGUAACCUGGUUAAGAAAUGGCUCACAGACAGAAAUCACCUCAGACAUACAAAUGAGAGUUCACCAGGAUCAAAAUUACCUUAAGGUUAUCCCUGCAAGGCUGGAUGAUACAGGCUAUUACGCAUGCGUGCUCAGAAAUUCCACAUACUGCAUACAGAGGCUUAAAAGGGUAGAAGUGUUUAAAAACGAUGAAGGCCUGUGCUAUAAUCAUACCUUAAUGUUCCGUUAUUUUCCAUUUAUGGAAUCAACGCUUACAAUUCAGUGUCCAGAAAUUACGGAUUAUAUUGAUAACAAGAGUCCACAGAUGAAAUGGUUUAAGGAAUGCCAGCCUUUGAAUUUAGACAGUGACAAGUAUUAUGUUAGAGGGAACCUCUUGAAUAUCAAGAAUGUGACAUUGCAAGAUAAAGGAAAUUACACAUGUGAAGCUACCUUAAUGUACAAUGGCACAGAUUAUAAAAUCUCAAGGACCAUCGAUUACUCCAUUGCAGAGCGACCAUUACAGAGUGCACCUGUUAUGUUAAAUCCAAAGAAUGACUUUGUACAAGUUGAAUUAGGAGCUGCUAUUACUCUUACCUGUGAAGUGUUAUAUAAUGGAAUCAUUGAUUUGUUUUGGACAUUUAAUGAUACUUUCAUUGAGGAAUAUUCAGAUGAUGGCAGAGUGGUAAUGGGAGACUGUUACAGGAGGUUCUCACCUGAUGGAGGCCGAGUAUCUUGCAUUAGCCUAAACUUUUCAACAGUAAUAGAAGAAGACUAUGACAAACGUUUUUACUGUGAAGGCUUUCUUGUUCGCAAGGCAUUUGUUGUACUCAAACACCCAGAGACUAAUUUCCAGGGAUUCUUGAUUGCUUUUUUUGUGACAAUGGUGUCCGUUAUUAUUAUAGCUGUAAUUGCCAUCCGGGUUUUUAAAGUUGAAAUUGUUCUUUGUUACCGGAGUUCCUAUUUUGCCCGUACAAAUCCUAAAGAUGGAAAGAUGUAUGAUGCCUACAUCAUGUAUCCAAAAAAAAAUAUGGGAACAAGUUAUGAGAUGAACAUAUUUGUACUUAAAGUAUUGCCUGAAGUGCUUGAGAAACAGUGUGAUUAUCGAUUAUUUAUAAUUGGACGGGAUGAUCUGCCAGGCCAAGCCAUUGCAGACCUUGUGGAUGAGGCGAUCUCCCAAAGCAGAAGGUUGAUUAUUGUCUUAGGAGAUAUAUCAAGUGAGAACAGCCUUGGUGAUGAUUUUGAACAGAAAAUAGCCAUGUAUGAUGCUCUCAUUCGGAAUAAAAUUAAAGUAAUUUUGAUUGAGCUGGAGAAGAUAACGAAUUACACCUACAUGCCAGAGUCCAUUCAGUACAUCAAACAGAAGCAAGGUGUUGUGCGAUGGAAAGGAGAGUUCACAGAAGAGAGUCUUCACCGUAACACAAGGUUUUGGAAAAAUAUCAGAUACCGGAUGCCUCCAGCUCAACAUCUUUCUGACAGAGAGUUGGACUACAUAGAUUCAGAGGACUAAUAAUGACCUGAGCCUUUAUGACAUGGAUAAUUUACCAAACACUCAACUUUGAUAAGAGUAUAAGUGCAUUAAGUAAAAGUCACACUGGUACCUUGGUUAGAGGUGUUUGAAGGACAGACAAACUGCAUCAGCACUCCAUAUGAUCACUUGGCUAUGGAUACUUUCAUCAUUGCACUGAUAAAUUUUUGUUCACUAUGGUACAAAUAUCUCCAGUUUGGACUGUACAUAUUCUUGUUUACAACUGCACUUUCAUACGGUUACCCUUUGCCUUAGUUGUUUCAAGCCAAUCCAAGCAUUGACAAGUGAAAAUCAUUUACUUUAAAUAGUAGUUUUAUUUUUGUUCUAGAAUUCCCUUCCAGACAGAUGUACCUAAAUUAUAAGGUCCAAUUAUGAAUUUUCUGGUUGCUUGACCAUUUUUGCUUCCUGUCGAAAUGGUAGACAAUGAUUUUGUGUUUCUAGGCAUUUACGCAAAUGCAAAUAUCUCAUGACUUGGAUAUGAUAGAGUCUUGGGACAACAACCAUUGUUCUCAAAGUUUGGCCUACAUGGGUGUAUGCAUAGAUUACCUUAUUUAACUUUAAUGGUGAAAGAGAGGGCCCAACGAGAACAAAAUAUUUGCAAAAAUAUGACUUUUCAAGGUGACAUAUCAGCUUUGAAAGAAGUAUCAGGUUUCAGUUAUUGGUGAGAGAUACAUACUGUAUGUACUAGUAGUUUGUUACCAAAAAUGCUGAAGUCUGAGAUCUGUGUCCUACUGUUUUUAUUGUAUUUUUAAAAUUUUACAAACUUUAGGCCUAAAAAUCUUGGGUUUGCAAAAAAGAAAAAAAUAAAUUUUUUGCUUAAGUCAA